AUGGCAAAUAGCGGGAGGAGAGAUGCGCCUGAACUUCCCGACUUCUCUGUGCUUAAGAGAGUUGCCAGAGACCAAUUGAUCUACCUUUUGGAACAGCUGCCAGGGAGGAAGGACCUGUUUAUUGAUGGAGAUUUAAUGAGCCCGCUGGAUCGCAUUGCCAAUGUCACAACGCUUAAGCAACAUGAAGUGGACAAACUCUACAAAGUUGAAUUCAAAUCAAUCUUCAGCACAUCCGAUCAGUUGUGCUUCCUGGUUCGUCCCCGAAUACAAACGGUCAAGUGGAUCUCCGACGUUAUUAAUGCAGAUAAGAUAGCAGGAAGAGUUCGAAGAUACAAGAUUAUAUUUUGCCCUCAGAAGUUUUAUGCCUGUGAGACUGUGCUUGAAGAGCAGGGUGUUUAUGGAGAUGUGACCAUUGAUGAGUGGGCCUUCUAUCUCCUCCCACUUGAUAAUGACAUCAUAAGUCUAGAGCUCCCAGAAUUCUUCAGAGACAACUUUCUGGAAGGGGACCAGCGCUGGGUGACUACUGCAGGGAGCGCUUUACACCUCCUGCACUCUCUCUACGGCCCCUUCACGAAGGUUUACGGGAUCGGACGCUGUGCCAAAAUGGUGUACGAAUCGUGGAGGGAGCAGGUGGAGGACGGGGAACAGAAAGCGCAGCAGCACCAGACUGAGAUUGGCAAUGUCUUUCUCAUAGACAGAGAUGUGGACUUUGUGACUCCUCUGUGCUCACAGGUGGUCUAUGAGGGUCUAGUGGACGACAUUUUCAGGAUUAAAUGUGGCAAUGUUGAGUUUGGCCCUGAUGUCACUUCCUCAGACAAGAGCAUUAAAGUCAUGCUCAAUUCUCAAGAUAAGGUGUUUGAUGAAAUUAGAAAUGAGCAUUUUUCCAACGUCUUUGGCUUUCUGAGCCAAAAGGCCCGGAACCUGCAGACGGCGUAUGAUAAACGGCGCGGGAUGGACAUCAGACAGAUGAAAGCGUUUGUCUCAGAGGAGCUGAAGGGCCUGAAGCAGGAGCACCGUCUGCUCAGUCUGCAUAUUGGUGCGAGUGAAUCGAUGAUGAAGAAGAAAACCAAGCAGGACUUCCAGGAGCUGCUCAAGACUGAACACUCCUUACUGGAAGGCUUUGAAAUUCGGGAAUGUAUCACCUUUAUUGAGGAGCACAUAAGUAGACAGGUGUCUAUGGUGGAGAGUCUCAGACUGCUCUGUCUCCUGUCUCUGACAGAAAACGGGCUUCUUCCCAAAGACUACCGGUCUCUGAAAGCUCAGUAUCUGCAGAGCUACGGUAUCGAACACCUGUUGACAUUUUCAAAUCUGCGGCAGUUGGGUUUUCUUGUGGAGCAGCAGCCCGGCGAGACUCUCACAGUGAUGGAGAGCAAAGUCGGGAAACUGGUCAACGACAAGACUGCAGGCAAACUGACUGAUGCUUUCUCUUCUCUGGCCAAGAAGAAUAAUUUCCGAGCGCUGAGUAAGAGGCUCACUCUGGUGCCCAAGUCAGGGGAGGAAUAUGACCUGCGUGUGCCCCGGGAUAUGGCCUACGUGUUCAGCGGCGCUUACACCCCCUUAAGCUGCAAACUGAUCGAGCAGGUGCUGGAGCGUGACGGCUGGACGGGACUCGAUGAUGUCACGCGGAUGCUUAACGGCCAUGAGUUUGCAGUCACAGGUGAGAGAGUGACUUAUCAGCCCAGAUCAAGAGCGGACAAUCAACGCAUCGUCCUCGUCAUGUUUCUGGGCGGCUGCACUUUCUCCGAAAUUUCGGCCCUGCGUUUUCUAGGCAGAGAAAAGGGUUAUAAAUUUAUCGUGGUGACCACCGCCAUCACAAACAGCGCACGACUGUUGGAGGCUCUGCUGGACUCACAUGUCUGAAAACUGGAUUCUGUCCAGGAAACUCUCAUGAGAUACAGACCAAAAACACCGGAUGGGAAAGAGGAGAGGACACUCUGCCGUCUCCCUCUCCGUUCGCGGAGUUAUUGACAAACACUCAAUAUCAGCUGCAUAACAGUUUAUCGGCACAUUGCUAAUGCUAAAAACACACAAAAUCUGAAGUAUGAAACACAGGCAUAGAAGAA